AUGGCCACACACGUAUUAGAACGCGGUGGAGUCGUUAGAGGUUUUGAGAAUUGGGGUGCUAUGCCAUUAGUUGUUCGGACAAAAAGGCAUCAAGUAUACCAUACACACGGACACUUCUGGCUUAUGCAUUUUGAUACCAACCCAGUAGUAUUACAUGAUUUGAGAAAAAGAUUAAAUAGCGAUCCUCGUGUGAUUCGUGGUAAUUUAGUAAAACUUGGUGAUAAAUUACGCGAAAUCGCUGAAAGACCUGAUAAGACAAGAUAG